ACGGGGGAUCCGCGGGGAAGGGAAGGGAGGCUCCGGGGAAAAGAACCCGGCCGAUCCCGUCCUCGGCUGCCGUCGCCUUUGCCGAUCGAUCAGGACAUUCUGGAUCCUGGAUGUCUUUUCCUCUCCGGGAUGGAUCCCAACAUCCUUCAGUGCCCGCUUUGUGUCUCUAGCCGCUCUGAAUCGAGCCGGCUUAGCGGAGGCUUUAGACGUCCGGUCGCGGAGGUCUCCCCUCCGUCUCUUGCUCACCUUUCUCUAGCUGCCAGUUAGAUUUUGGUAUCCUAGUUCCCAGCUCCUCUCAGGAGGAAAAAUCUUAGCCUGGAAGGAGUGUCCCCGAGCUGGGUUUGAAUCUGCGGUUGAAAAAGAAACGUGGUUGAAUACCAGUUCAAACGUCAGAAAUGACUUCUUUGGGAACCAGCAACCAGGGAGUAACUGAAUAUGUCGUCCGGGUUCCCAAAAGCACCUCCAAGAAAUAUAAUAUUAUGGCCUUCAAUGCUGCCGACAAGGUCAACUUCGCCACCUGGCACCAGGCAAAGAUGGAGCGAGAUCUCAGCAAUAAGAAGAUCUACCAGGAAGAAGAGAUGCCAGAAUCUGGAGCUGGCAGUGAGUUCAACCGCAAGCUGCGUGAGGAAGCAAGGCGCAAGAAAUAUGGCAUUGUCCUGAAGGAAUUCAAACUUGAGGAUCAGCCUUGGAUCCUGAAAGUCAAUGGCAAGGCUGGACGCAAGUUCAAAGGAGUGAAAAAGGGUGGUGUGACUGAAAACACAUCCUAUUACAUCUUUACUCAGUGUCCAGAUGGUGCUUUUGAAGCCUUCCCAGUAAACAAUUGGUAUAAUUUUACACCUAUAGCCAAGCAUCGCACCUUGACUGCAGAGGAAGCUGAGGAGGAAUGGGAAAGGAGAAACAAAGUCCUAAACCACUUCAGCAUCAUGCAGCAACGGCGGCUGAAGGACCAGGGUGAGGAAGAAGAGGAGGAGAAAGAGAAGAAAGGCAAAAAGAAAGGCAGCGAUCUAAAAAUCCAUGACCUGGAAGAUGAACUGGAGAUGAGUUCAGAUGACAGCGAGUUCAGUGACACUGAUGGUGAAAAGCCUGCCAAAACUAAGAAAAAAGCACCGCUCACCAAAAAAAAGAAAAAGAAGAAAGGAUCAGAUGACGAAGCCUUUGAAGAUAGUGAUGAUGGAGACUUUGAGGGCCAGGAAGUGGACUACAUGUCGGAUGGAUCAAGCAGCUCAGCAGAGGAAGCAGUCGGCAAGCCCAAAGUCACCAAAGAAGACAUCCCAAAAGGUAUAGAUGAAGCAAGUGAGAGCAGUGAAGAAAGUGAGGAGGAGAAGCCUGCAGAGGAGAAAGAAGAGGAGGAGGAGGAGAAGAAGGUCCCUACUCCACAGGACAAAAAGAAAAAGAAAGACAGCAGUGAUGAGUCGGAGACAUCAGAGGAUAGUGACAUUGACAGCGAAGCAUCUUCAGCUCUCUUCAUGACGAAAAAGAAGACUCCUCCCAAAAAGGAGCGCAAGGGCUCAGCCAGCAGCUCACAAGGGAACAGCCGUCCAGGGACCCCCUUGGUGGAUGCCGGCAGCACCUCAUCCAUGCUGCGGGCUGCAGCCAACAAGCUGGAGCAAGGCAAGCGACAGGCGGGGUCCAGUGAACUCCCAGCAGCUAAGAGGUUGAAAAUGGAUGCUGGAGCCCAGGCUGCCACCACAUCUGGGAAAUCUACCCCACAGCCACAGUCAGGCAAAUCAACACCCAGUAGUGGUGAUGUACAGCUGACGGAAGAUGCUGUGCGGCGAUAUCUGACUCGCAAGCCCAUGACCACUAAGGAUCUUCUAAAGAAAUUCCAAACCAAGAAGACUGGACUAAGCAGUGAGCAGACAGUCAAUGUACUGGCACAGAUUCUUAAGCGCCUCAACCCUGAGCGCAAGAACAUCAAUGACAAGAUGCACUUCUUCCUUAAGGAAUGAACAAGGCCAGGCUCAGGCGGCCCUUGGGUACUUGCCAGCUGGCUUUGAGCUUCUUGUGGUUCCCCAUUGGUGGCUGGGAACUGAAACCAUGGGAUUGGCAUCUGACCUCCUGGGGAAAGGGAGAAGCCCGUGCUCUGCUUUCACCUGGAAGUCCUCUGGAAAUUGGGAGUGGUAGAUGUGGGGGAAGAGUUUGGCAUAACCUGUUACGGGGUACGGAAGAUGCCAUUUUUCUGAAUGAGAUGUAGGAUGUAUGGGAAAGAGAGUUAACAGACACUGCCAUUUUUGGAAAUAAACCUGGACAUAUUUUA